CCCCGCCUCCUGCCUGUUAGCAUCAUGGAUUAUGUUGUAUCCAAAUGCAGAUGCAGCCAGCUGGUCGAGAAUGGCUCCAGUAAGGCUCCCAGAGACUCCGGAGCUCGAUUUAACGUCUAACCAAAUGAUACAAGAGGUGUUGCAGGAGGUGGAGGAGUCGUGAACCUGAAGAUGAGGCGCCUGUCCAGAAAGAAAGCUCUGAGCCUGGUGAAGGAGCUCGACGCCUUCCCCAAAGUUUCGGAGAGCUACAUGGAGACAUCGGCAUCAGGAGGGACAGUGUCACUGUUAGCGUUUAGUGCCAUGGCACUUCUGGCUGUCUUAGAGUUCUUUGUUUAUCAGGACACGUGGAUGAAGUAUGAGUACGCCGUCGACAAGGAUUUUUCCAGUAAACUAAGAAUAAACGUUGACAUCACGGUUGCCAUGAAAUGCCAGCAUGUGGGAGCGGAUAUUCUGGACUUGGCUGAGACGAUGAUCACGUCCAGCGGCCUGCAGUACGAGCCUGUUAUUUUUGAACUGACGCCACAACAGAGACUGUGGCAAAGGACGUUGCAUCUCAUCCAGAGCAGGCUGAGAGAGGAACAUGCUCUACAGGAGGUCCUCUACAAAACACUGCUGAAAGGAGCUCCCACUGCUCUUCCACCUCGGGAGGAUGGCUCUACAGAGCCGCUUAAUGCCUGCAGGAUACAUGGACAUGUCUAUGUUAAUAAGGUGGCAGGAAACCUACACGUCACUGUGGGAAAGCCGAUUCAUCAUCCUCAGGGUCAUGCACACAUAGCAGCGUUUGUGAGCCAUGAGUCGUACAACUUCUCCCAUCGAAUAGACCAUUUGUCUUUCGGUGAGGAGAUCGCAGGCAUCAUAAAUCCUCUGGACGGCACAGAGAAAAUCACCCAUAACAAUAACCAGAUGUUCCAGUACUUCAUCACGGUGGUUCCCACCAAACUCAACACGUACAAGAUAUCAGCUGAUACACACCAGUUCUCUGUGACCGAGCGAGAGCGGGUGAUCAACCACGCCGCAGGCAGUCACGGCGUCUCCGGCAUCUUUGUUAAAUACGACACCAGUUCUCUAAUGGUGACGGUGAGCGAGCAGCACAUGCCGCUGUGGCAGUUCCUGGUGCGACUCUGCGGCAUCAUUGGGGGAAUAUUUUCCACGACAGGGAUGCUUCACGGCCUCGUCGGCUUCUGUUUCAACAUCAUCUGCUGCCGCUUCAAACUCGGGAUCUACAGGCCCAGAGAGGCUGUGCAGCUACACAACCAGAUGAAUAAUCUGAACCACCACCAGACCCCUCUGCUGGCUGACAACGCCCCUCCAGAGUAGCGUCCACAUCACCGGGGACGCAGAACUCCACUGAAAACAAAAUAAAGAGACUAAAGCUGUGAUGUUCACUUAUCAUUGCACUUGUAGGAGAUUUGCACCUUGUGACUUUGUCGUGUUUUAGUGGCUGUAGCUGCUGUUUUUUAUAGCUGUUGUAUUAAUUAGACGUAUAUUGUACUGAACGUGGUCUCACUGUGUUGUUACAUGUUGGAAGUGUUUAGUAAAUCCAUUUUUGUGGGUGAA